CGACAGUUUAGAAUAUUUAGGCUGGGAUUAGGCUUCCUUUUUCCUUCCCUUCCUUCAUAUGUUUUCUCUCUUCUUCUGUGUAAAUACAUAGAAUGCGAGUUCUUGAGUGAGAUACUGAGAUAUAGGAGAGCAGAUGACAGAUUUGAUGUGUUUGUGUAUGCAAAAAUUAAGAACAAAAAGUAUGGAGGAGAGUAAUAGGCUUCUGGGAUGGAAGAAAGAUGCCUCCUCACAUUGGUUGUUGAGUAUAGAAGAGGAUGAAGAGAUGAAGGGUUGUUUGGGUUCAGUUCCUCAACCACCAACACCAAAAGAGCCAAUGGACUUCUUGUCAAGAUCUUGGACCCUCUCUGCUUCUGAGAUUUCCAAAGCUCUGGCCCACAAAUACAAACUUGGUGCAUUUGACAACAAACCCAAACCAGAUGUCAUCCCAGAGGCAGAUGCUAUACAAUCUACUCCAAUCAAGAUAGUGAAUAAGAGAAAUGGGAAAAGAGCUAAAAUAGGGAGGUGGUUCAAUUCCAGAGAGUAUAGCAGUAGCUCUGUUCAAAAGAAAGACAAGGUGCGUCUCGAGAAUGCGCAAAAGCAUGCCUUGCUGUCGGUUGCAGGGCUAGCCGCGGCCGUAGCAGCCGCGGCUGCAACAGGCAGUUGUCCUAAAGGGUCAAACUCAAAGAUGAAUGACGCUCUGGCAUCUGCCACUGAGCUCCUGGCCUCUCACUGUAUAGAAGUCGCUGAGUCCGCUGGGACAGACCGAGAUCGUGUGGCCUCUGUGGUUAGGUCAGCUGUGGACAUUCGUAGUGCCAGUGAUCUCACCACUCUCACAGCUGCAGCUGCCACAGCUUUGAGAGGGGCGGCAGCUUUGAGGGCGAGAAUGCCAAGAGAAGCAAUGAGGAAUGCAACAAUAAGUCCUUGUGAUAAGGUCUUAAUGGAAGCUUACCCUUCUGUUAUUAACAAAGAAAUGGAAGAGGAUGAUCCUCCCUUAGAAGGUGACUUGCUGCAAAUAACUAGAAAAGGAGUGCUAAGGUGGAAAUCUGUUCUUGUCUAUGUAAACAGAAAAUGCGAGGUAGUCAUCAAGAUGAAAAGCAAGCAUGUUGGUGGAGCCUUUUCCAAAAAGAAUAAAAGCAUUGUAUAUGAGGUGUGCGACGAUACAAAGGAGUUGGCAAUCAAGAAGACGAAGGAGAAUGGAGAAAUAUAUUUUGGGGUGAGAACCGCGGCAGAGACCCUUAUGGUGUUCAAAUGCAAGAAUAAAAUCCAUAAGCAAAAAUGGGUUGAUGGAAUACAGAACCUGCUUGAUAGAGCCACUUGCUUUGAAGAAUCUGAGCAUUCUUUAAAAAUGUUGAAGAUUAAUUAAUUAAUAAGGGCGGGCGUGUGAGAGGAAACUCCAUAGCUUUUUUCUCCAUUCGUGCAGAUUAUGUUAUGUACACUUGUAUUCUUUAAAUGUGCUAAGAAAUAUGAAUGUUAGACAGGGUUUUGGUCCUUGACUAUGCCCACGCACUCUACAUGUUAAUAACCUACUGCCAUUAACGGUGAUCUGCUGGUAGAAUAUCUGUAAUUCUGUAAAGAAAAAAAUUAAUUUUUUGUUGUGUGUCUACUAGCUAGUAACUAGGC